AUGUAUUCAGCAGCUGGAGAGUUCAAUUGCUCAGCAACUCAUGAUAAAAGCAAUAAUAAUAGCAGCAAUAAGGAAUUAAGUGCUGAGCAAGAGCAACCUUUGAACUAUUCGAGAGCAAAACAUCUCUUCUCAACGGGCAAUAAAGAUGAUGAAACACCGCUCGAGAAUGCACUACGAAGUGGAUCGUUGAUGAGGAACAAUGCUUUGACGUUAUCAUAUCCAACACCGUCCAUAUUCAUACCGCCACCCAAUCUAAUGCCAUCUUCUUAUAUGUCAUCGUUGGCUGCUGUCGCCAUGUCGGCUGCCAUGAAUGCUGCGGCUGUCAAUAAUCGUCAUAUUACUACUAACCCGUAA